AUGCUGCGCCGGCAGCGGGCGUGGCUGUCGGCCCUGCGCAGCGCCUGCGCGUCCGCGCUCGCAACGCUCCGCGUGCCCAGCACCCGCAACGAGGAGUACCGAUACACCGACGUCUCGCCCCUCACCGCUGCCGCGCUGGCGCCAGCCCCGCCCGGCGCGCCGGUCGACGCCGAGCUGCUGCAGCGGCUGAGCUUCCCGGAGGGUGCGGGCAGCGUGGCGGUCCUGGUGGACGGGCGGCUGCGGCCGGAGCUGUCUGACCUCAGCGCGCUGCCGGCCGGCGUCUAUGUCGGCGGCGCGGCGGGGGCGCCCGCGGACGUGCUGCAGCGGCUGGGCGAGCUUUCGAACGUGAGGGGCGGCCCCUUUGCCGUCGUCAACGGCGCGCUCGCCGCCGACGCACUGGUCAUCUUGGUGCCCGCGCGCGCCCGCAUCGAGCGGCCGCUGCACGUCGUGCACGUCGCGACCGCGGCGCCGCCCAGUGACGGAGGGGCGCGCGCUCUGGCCGCGAGCGCGCCGCGGCUGCUGGUGGCGCUGGGCAAGGGCGCCGAGCUGGAGUUGCUCGAGGAGUUCGUCUCCGCCGCCGCCGGCGCCGCCGCCGGCGCGCACGCGGUGUUCGCGGUCGCAGAGGUGCUGCUCGACGCCUGCGCGAGCCUGCGCCACGGCUACGCGCAGCGCGAGGCGCCGGGGUCGGUGCACCUCAAAGCGACGCUCGUGGACCAGGGGGAGGGCAGCUCAUACAGCUUGGUGGAGGCGCGCGUCGGCGGCGGCCUGUCGCGCCACGACGUCGGCGUCGCGCAGGGCGGCCCCGAGACGGCGACGCGCAUGCGGCACUUUUUGCUGGCGGGCGCGUCGCAGCUGCAGGACCUGCACACGAAGCUGGUGCUGGACCACCCGAACGGGGAGGCGGACCAGCUGCACAAGUGCAUCGUCAGCCACGCCAGCGGGCGGGGCGUCUUUGACGGCAACGUGAAGGUCAACCGGCUCGCGCAGAAGACCGACGCCGGGCAGCUGAGCCGCAACCUGCUGCUCGUGCCGCGCGCAACGGUCAACGUCAAGCCCAACCUGCAGAUCAUCGCGGACGACGUUAAGUGCACCCAUGGGGCUGCCAUCAGCGAUCUGUCGGAGGAGGAGCUCUUCUACUUCAGGGCGCGCGGCAUCCCGGCGGAGGUCGCCCGCCAGUCGUUGGUCUACUCAUUCGGCGCGGAGGUGGUGCAGGCCCUGAAGUACGAGCGCCUGGUGCAGCGCAUCCAGGCCGACGUGGUAGCGGCGCUGCAGGUGGCCGAGGCGGUCAUCAGCGCGGGGCCGGCGUCGACGCAGUGA